AGGGGAAGGGGUCGUGGAGGUGCAGCGAACGAGUCCGCAAGGACCCCGUUUCAGGCUAUCGCGAGCGGACCUUUCGGUGCUGAGCAGGCCAGCGCGCAAAAGAAAGCAGCCCGAAGAUGGAACAGUGGCGCAAGCGGAACACGCGCCACAAGAUCAAGAGACACCAUUUCCGCUGCAAACACGACCGCAGCCAUAGACGGCAAACCCAUCAAGGAGGAGUCUGCAACAGGUGUCCCUGGCGACGGCGUGUUGAGGCAUCGCACCUAUGUCAACAUUGAAGACGGUGGAUACAUCUCCAGCGACGAGGAUGAAGAAGGGAAUGCGAUUCAGAGAGUGAAUGUGGAAGAUCUUGGGGUCAUCGAUUUGAUGCAAGACGAUGGCGAACAUGACCAAUUCGCUCCAAUCCGAGUCACAAGGACUGCGCGCAAGGGGAAAGCGAUGGGCCUCAAUGCCGACGGCGCGACGAAUCAGGAUGGUAACGUCAUAGUCGACGCAAACGAUACGACUGGCAUACAAACGUCGGAGAAGAAGAAGGGCAAGCAACGAGCCAAGGACAUGCAGGCUGUGGAUGAGAAGAGCGUCUUUCAAGCAACAUACUCCGACUCUGACAGCGAUCUUGAGGGGAGAGCAACUGUGAAACAGGAUCCAGAGGGUGAGCCCCAAGUUCCAUCAUCGAACGCGGAGCCGACAGAACUGCGACCGUCAAGUCCGGAAGCGAGAAGGAAGGGCAAGGCGAAAGCAAAGAACCGGGCCUUAUCCACCGAGUCGUUCGCCGAUGAACCCAACUUCCAGCUGCAAGACGAACGCGAGGAGUGGCAACGACAACAAAAGGACCUGACCAGGCUUCGGGAGCAAUUGGGUCCGUUGAACUCGGCACCCACCGACCACGAUGGCGAUGUGGACAUGACGAAACCAGACAAACGGGAAGAGGAGGUGUAUUUGUUUCAGUUCCCGCCCAUCCUGCCGGACCUCUCCCCACUCGCAAUAAAGCCCGAUCCCACCACCGAAGCAGAUUCGUCCGCGGUAGUUGACGAGGACAACAAGGAGUCGAUCAACAUUCGCGACAAGUUUCCCAGCGGCGCCGUCGGGAAGUUGAGAGUGCACGCUUCUGGGCGGGUGACUCUGGACUGGGGAGGCACGAGCCUCUGCGUGGGCAUGGGCACCGAAGUGAGCUUUUUGCAGGACGUGCUGGUCACCACGCUUCCAGAUGCAAAGACCGACGACGAUGAUGAGGAGAUGCCCCCCGGGAUGGCAACAAGUAUGGGUCCUGUCAAUAGCAAGUUCGUGGUCACGCCGGAUUGGGAGGAGAUAUUGCGGUGACACCGAUGAGAUUAUGCAAAUCAGCGAGGCGUUGGCAGGUAGACGUAUCUUUCACCCACGAAAGGCGCGGUGCAUACUCGCCUCAAUCAUCUUUGCGAUUACACCGUAUUUUAUGAACAACAACGUGGAUGUGGAUCUGUCGUCACGGCUUCUUUCCCAGGUCUAGCUGCCCUCUCCCAAG